AUGAAGAUCGCCAUUACCGGAGCAGGCGGCUUCGUAGGCCAACUGCUGGCUGAGCAUCUGCUUCUCGCCGACCACAAAGUUCUCCUCAUCGAUAUCUUCGAGCCUUGCGUCCCCACCAAGGCAUUCCCCAGAUCAUCGAAUGCGCAAUGCAUAAAAGCCGAUUUAUCUACCGACAGCAGCUCAGUCAUCCCUUCCGACUUGGACGCCAUUUACAUCUUCCACGGCAUCAUGUCAGCAGGCAGCGAAGCAGAUUUCGACCUGGGCUACCGAGUAAACCUACACUCGACACUCAACCUCCUAGAAACCUUGAGGCAGCAAUGCAAAGGCGUGAGAGUGGUAUACGCCAGCUCGACAGCAAUCUACGGCCAACCGCUUCCCCAAUGGCCUUCCGAAGCCACUCUGCCCACACCGGCGAGCAGCUACGGAACGCAAAAAUCAAUGAUCGAAUACGCCAUCAAUGAUUUUUCACGCAGAGGCUUCAUCAAUGGCUUCACGUUGCGUUUUCCGACCAUCAGCGUGAGGCCCGGUAAACCUACUCAAGCUGCUAGUUCGUGGAUGAGUGGCAUGUUCAGGGAGCCUUUGCAAGGGUUGCCUUCGUCGUUGCCCUGUGCGGAUGACUUUGAAGCUUGGUUGUGCUCGCCGAGGAUCCUUGUCGCCAAUCUGCUUCAUGUCUUGACGAUUGAGAGGGAUGCUUUGCCUGCGCAUAUGCGACAGGUAAAUCUUCCUGGUAUCACGGCUAGCGUGAGGGAAAUGUUGGAGGCGCUGGAGCAGGUGGGAGGGAAGAAAGCGGUCGAGUUGGUCAAGAGGGAGGAACCGACCAAGGAGAUCAAGGAUAUGUUGGAUAGUUGGCCGAUUAGGUUCGAUGUUAGUAAGGCGAUGGGGUUGGGAUUCAAGAGGGACGAGAGGUUUGUGGAUGCGGUCAGGGAUUUCAAGAUGAGUUUGGAGGAGUAG